GCGCAGGCGGACAGGCAGCGCUUUAUCCUCCAAGGGUGCGGGUGGCCCAGCGCGCGCAUGCGCAUGCGUGACGCGCUCGCACCCCGCCCUGCCGCGAGCCGCCCUUUCACCCUGGCAACCGCGGCUCGGCAGCGGCGCGCGCGGGUUGGGCGCGGACGGGCGGGACCUCUGCGGGACGGGACCGGGCAGGCGGCGGACGAAGGUAGCGGGUCUCAAAGGCUCCUCAGGUUCCUCACUCGGUUCCGGUGACAGGAUCGGCCCGGAGGGCUUAGUCCCUCGCCAUGGACUCGCAGAAAGAAGCUCUACAAAGAAUCAUCUCAACUCUGGCAAGUAAGAACGAUGAGAUUCAGAACUUUAUUUAUACACUAAAUCACACACUGAAAGGAGUUCAGGAAAAUUCUUCUAAUGUGCUUUCAGAAUUAGAUGAAGAGUUUGAUAGUUUGUACUCUAUAUUAGAUGAUGUGAAGGAAAGUAUGAUCAGCAGCAUCAAGCAGGAGCAAGCACGUAAAUCACAGGAGUUACAGAGUCAGCUCAGUCAAUGUAACAAUGCCCUGGAAAACUCCGAAGAACUGCUGGAAUUUGCAACCAGGUCACUGGAUAUAAAGGAGCCUGAAGAAUUCUCAAAGGCUGCCAGACAGAUCAAGGAUAGAGUCACAAUGGCUUCAGCCUUUCGCCUUUCUUUGAAACCAAAAGUCAGUGACAACAUGACACAUUUAAUGGUGGAUUUCUCUCAGGAAAGACAGAUGCUGCAAACUUUGAAGUUUUUGCCAGUCCCCAAAGCUCCAGAGAUAGAUCCAGUAGAGUGUCUGGUGGCUGACAAUUCUGUCACGGUAGCGUGGAGAAUGCCUGAAGAAGACAGUAAGAUUGACCAUUUCAUGAUGGAAUACAGGAAGACAAACUUCGAUGGGCUCCCGCGUGUGAAGGACGAGCGGUGCUGGGAAAUGAUUGAUAACAUCAAGGGUACUGAAUACACGUUAGCAGGCUUAAAAUUUGAUUCAAAGUAUAUGAAUUUCAGAGUGCGUGCUUGCAACAAGGCUGUGGCUGGAGAGUAUUCCGAUCCAGUGACCCUAGAGACCAAAGCUCUUAACUUCAGUUUAGAUAACUCAUCAUCACAUUUGAACUUGAAAGUUGAAGAUUCCUGUGUAGAGUGGGAUCCUACUGGAGGAAAAGGCCAAGAAAGUAAAAUUAAAGGAAAAGAGAACAAGGGCAGUGUCCAUGUUACUUCACUGAAGAAACACGCAAGAAGUGGUACACCAUCCCCAAAACGGACGUCUGUAGGCUCCAGGCCACCAGCAGUAAGAGGCAGCAGAGACCGUUUUACUGGGGAGUCAUACACAGUGCUAGGAGAUACCGCUAUUGAAGGUGGACAGCAUUAUUGGGAAGUCAAAGCCCAGAAGGAUUGUAAAUCCUACAGUGUGGGCGUAGCAUACAAAACUUUGGGAAAAUUUGACCAGUUAGGAAAGACAAACACCAGUUGGUGCAUCCAUGUCAACAGCUGGUUACAGAACACAUUUGCUGCCAAACAUAACAAUAAGGUCAAAGCUUUGGAUGUUCCUGUUCCUGAGAAAAUAGGUGUGUUUUGUGACUUUGAUGGAGGUCAGCUGUCUUUCUAUGAUGCACACUCAAAGCAGUUGCUAUAUUCCUUCAAGACAAAAUUUACUCAGCCAGUACUGCCUGGUUUCAUGGUCUGGUGUGGUGGACUUUCUUUGAGUACUGGAAUGCAGGUUCCAAGUGCUGUGAGGACACUUCAGAAAAGUGAAAAUGGAAUGACCGGUUCAGCAAGCAGCCUGAACAAUGUCACUCAGUAACAGCUCCUCAGACUGUGUUUACCCUUCUUCUUUGGGUGGCCUUUCCACGCAGUUCCUAAUGCAGACGUUUUGGAGUGGUGGGAAUGAGGCCUGCUAUGCUCUGCUUUAAAGCCUGGACUCUGCUAGACUAAGCACCAAAUAGGAAGCAGCCACAGGAGAGUACUUAGUGUCCCAGAAGCCAGUACCUAUGGACUGUCGUUUGAGUAGUAAAUAGAAAAGGAGUGGUAUUGAAGGAUUUAUGUAGAAACCCAUUUUUCCGUUUCUUGAGAUACUUUGGCUCGUCUAAUAGUAAUAGUUAUAUAUGGUGACCCAGGGCCUGGGCUGCAAAGCUCUGAAAGCUUACUGUGUUCUUGUUUCUCCUCACCAGCUGUCAUUAAUUCCUUAACCUGAUGCUUUCAGAACACAGGGUUCCAAGACUUUGUAGAAAUUCAGAUCAUUGCCUUGGAUGGCAGAGAAGUUUUCUUACAGCGGCUCAUUUCACCUUUUAUAAAUGAGUUGGGCUUUUGACAGGUAACUUAUUUAUUGACCAGAUUCAUAUAAUUUUUUCCUCUAAAAUAUUGUGAUAAUUGUUCUUAUAACCCAAAAUAUCAAGCAGAUAAGAAGAAAUUAGACAGUGCAAAGGGAGUAUUGGUCACACCUUCUGCUCCUCCCUGUGCUCCUGGGGACCAUUUGAAAAGCCUGGCUUUCUGAUUUUGUUCUCUUCUUUAAUCCCACUUUUUAAAGCUACCUUUGAAAAGAUUUCCUCUUAAGCUAGCACUGAUGAUAAUGUAAUUAUUGCUUAUUUUUACCCUUGCUAAUGAGAGUGGAAGUUUGUUGAUUAAGUUCUAUAAAGGGUAAAAAGCUGUACAUUACUAAUUUUUUGUCUGUGAAAGAUUAUAAAGAAAUAUUUCUAAAGUAUUCCUUUCUGGAAUAGUUUAAGUUAUUUUUACAAAGAUAUAGAAUAGUUUAACUAACUGUUUUGAAAAAACUACAUGUGUCUGAUUUAGUAUAAAUGUUUUCAAAUAAUUAUUUGAAGAUUUGGUGGGGUUUUUUUUGUCUUUUUGUUUCACUCAUUCACUGUUUAAAAGUUUAUGAUUCUUCCACAAAUGAACACGCAUGUCUUCCCCGAGCCCACAUCUUUCCCGAGGGGAUGUGUGAAUCAGCAAGUGCAGCUGUGGUUACCUAUUGCAGAGUUGCUGAAACUCGAGUUUCUGAAGCCAAAGUUGAAGCUGAAAUUAUAAAACUGCUUUCAGACAGCCCUUUAAAGAAGUGAAUAUUCGACUUUUAAUUUUUGAGACUUUAAAUCUCUUUUUGUUUUAAGUGUCUUGGGCUUUGGCAAACUUCCCUGGAGAAGUGUCUGUUGCUGCUUUCUGUGUGGUGUUUGUAUGGCGGUCAUAAGUAUUUGCUCUUAAAAUUUGCUGCUUACUGGCAUGAUUGUUUUUGUUCUGUUGAUAAAACAAAUUUGACGUAGGAUACUAUUUUUCUCAUGUAACAGAUAUCUGCGCUGUCAUCUGAUAACACAUUGGCAGCUUUUCAGACUGAAACGAUUUACAGAGUGAAAUAUGCCAAUAUUCAUUUGGUUCCCCAAAGCAGUAUUUUAUUUUCAUUUUUCAUAGCUUGAAAGGCAUUGUUCAGAGUUCUACUACCUAUAGGAAUAUCAUUUCAUGACCUUAGGAAAAAGGAGUUGCUCCUUUUUGUAAAGUCAUACCUGAAAGCAGUAAUUGACUGGAAUUGUUUUGUGUGACUACUCAGUAUAUUUUGUCAAAAAUGACAUUAAGAGCCAGCUGUUCUUACAUAGAACUUUUCUUUAUGAUAUUAUAUCUUCCAUAGUUGUCUUCUCAUUUAUACAGUGCCUUUUUCCUCUACGCACACUCACUGUCAAUUGAAUUUAGGCCAGGCAGCUUGCACUUAGUGGUGAGGGCCUUCUGUUGAGGGCUGGAGGAGUGCGUGUGGUUCUUGGACCAUCAUUUGAGACCUUUAUAUAAAAUUUCCACGCAUUCAUUGGAAUAUGCGUGAUUUUUACCAAGAGGUUUUGUUUCUCAGUGUAUCUGUAGUACAAAGUAUAAAGUCAGUGAAUAAGAGUCCAAGAUCUUAUCACGUGAUAUUUGGUACUAAUUAUUCCUUCAUUACUUUCAAGUAACAGCUUUUUCUUUCUCUCUGAUUCUUAUUGUCUCUUAUUUUAUUAAAAAAAAAACCACAUCUGUAGUACUUUAGUUUAAAAACCCAAGUUUAUUAAGUUAAAAGGAAGUUUGUCACCCUUGUUUUUAAAUUAAAAAUAAUUGAAUAUAGUGCCUACUUAAAUCAUUUCAAAAUAAGGUAACUAUUAAUUGAUCAUAGUCUUUGACAUCCUCAUUAGCAUUAGAGGUAAAAACUGAGCUUUGCGCAGCUUAGCUGCUGUGGUACAUCCGCCAGAGGUCCUCUCAUAACUCACAGUGCGCUCCCUGCGCUCUUCCCUGCUUCCGUGUCUGCGUGCCCCGCUCAAGCACCGCUGCUUUCCAUGAAGGAAGCGCAGGAGACGUGGACUGGAAUGCACAGACACAGGUAUGAAACUGUCUCAUAAAAACAUGUAGGAAGUAUUGUAUUUCUCUUUCAGCAGUUGAAUUCCAACCCAGGUUUAUUCAGCUGGAAGUAGACAGGAAGGGGCUGCCUUAAGCACUUUAGAAAAGAAUUCUGCUACAAUUCACUGACCCAGCUGACUGUCACAUCAUUUAAAGUUUGGUAAAUAUGUAAUACACCGACCACUUCAUGACUAAUGCACAUAGAAAUGUAAUAUAUAGUGAUUCUCUGAAUGUUCCAGGUAGAGGUUUUAAAGAAGUAUUAAGGGUUUGUCUGUGGGUUUGAUAGCACCUCUGCCAUAGGACAGUGAACUGCUGGACAGCAGGUGUGCCCUUCUCCGUCUGUUCUGAAGAUUUUGACUGACUUGCAGUCAGGGUCUCAUUUGUGGAAUAAAACCAUCAACAAUAUUAUGUAUAACCUGAACUUCCAAGAUCCUUGGUAUAAAUAAUAAAAGAAAAUGUUUAUAAUGAAAUAUUUUAAUUAGGUCAAGAUAUUCUAUUUCCUGACUUACUUAGAAUGAUUGAUUUUUCUCUAUAUAUCUUUUCCAAAAAUUAUAACUAUUUAUGUAUUUGCAGUUGUUUCUUUCAAAAACAAUUUUAAAAAUUGGAAAGGGAUAUAUUUGGGACGUGAUUACUCCAAAGAAUAUUAAUCUUAAAAGGAGACAGUAUAUACGUCUUACCAUGAACUGUAUUCCUCUAGGCCAUGGUGCCUCUUGAGCACAGCAGGCAGCGCGCUGGUCUCACACCACUCUAGACGAAAAUGUGAGUGUUUCAGUCACGGCAUAUAAGCCGUAUAACAGUACUUGAGUUUCUAUGCUAUGGCAUCAGUUUUAUUACUUUCUAUGCAGGUUUCCAAAACUAGUAGAGUUUAAUUCACCAUAGCACCUCGCUCUGCUGUUUUUGAUGUUAUAGUCUUCAUCUAAAAAUAAUGUUUUGUUAAUAUGUCAUUACACUUCUUAAAGAAAUACAUUCAUUGGGCUGGGAAGAUGGAUCACAGGAAAAGAGCUUGCUGCCAGGAAGAUGACUGAGUUUGUUCCCUGGGGCACACAAGUUUGGGGAGAAGCAACUCCUGUAAGUUGUCCUCUAAACCACACACACACCCCCCCCCACACACCUACACACACACACAAUGCACAUACACGAUAUAACUUUUAAAAAUUUAAAGUACAUUUGUUUUAGCUUGUAAAAAAAACCUAUCAAAUUAAUGAUAAAUCAUAAUACUACACUUUUAUAUUGUAACCAAAAGUCUGGAAAAGUUUCUUUCCUGGUUUUGUUUUUACACUAUAUGCAGUCCUUAAGAGGUAAGCAUGGAUUUACUUAGUAUCCAGGUCACCAUGAAGUUGUUAUUUUCAACCAGAUGUACCUUUUGUAGCUCAGCACUCAGAACUACCGUCAGUAAUAAAGCUUUUCUUACUGAAGAUCAUCACACCAACAUUACAUUGCAAUUGGUAUUUUUAGUUUUUUAUCUGUAUCUGAACAGUGUUCACACUUGUGAGUCUGAUGUCAGUAUUUGUUACCUAAGAGGUAUGAUUAACUUGAAUACCAUAGGAACUUUCCUCCAGUUGGAAGUUAAGUAGAUUGCUCGUUGCUGUUGUUUGAAUUGAAAUGUUAUACAUGCCAUAUGAAUGUUAAGAAUAUCGGCUUAGUAAUCAACACCAGAAAUUACCAUAGAACUUUUAUCUUGACUAUCCAAUCAUAUUAAAAGGGUACUUUUUUCUGGGUUAAUAUAAUAUACAGGCUUUGAUACAUCAUCAGUUAAGUUAUAUUUGUUUAAAAUUAUAUAUUUUCUUAAUAAUACUCAGUCAACUUAAGUUGGUGCUUAGGAAAAACUAUAUAGAGGAUUUACAGUAUGUAGGGCAGCAGUCAGUGAAUGUAUUUGCUUUGCUUGGAACUUUGAACCAAUUUUAAAAUAAAUCAAGUUGGAAGAGAUUGGUAAAAGGCAUUUUAAUAUUGGAACAUUUUGGAGAGCACAGAACUAUGAGAAAAAUGUCAUUUGAACAUUCUCAGUAUCUCUAAGGUACCAAAGGACUGAGUCUAAUUGAUCUUUUGACGGAGACUCUGUAGAAUCAAAUGCAUGACUGAUUCUAUUAAGAUAUAAUAGCUAAUGCUGGGAAAUAGCGCCAGGAAAAGCUGCUAGGCUUUAAGAUUCGUGACAUUAAGUAUUUAAAAUUAAUCACUAUAACUCUCCCAUACAGUAAUACGAUCUUUUGUAAGUCACUCACCACUUUGGGUCUCUAUUGCCUUACUUAAAAUAUUCUGCAUUGUUUAGCCUACCUCACAGGGCUGUUGUGAGGUGUGUAAUGACAUGGAGUCCUCUGGAGAGGGGGUGGUUUUCAUUAAUAAUGGCUGUAAGUGUUUGGAUACUUGUAAAUCCUGUUUACUUUGAAAAAGCAUAUUCUUAAGUUGGUGUUACCGAUGAUUUUUAAAUGAUUUUUUAAAAAGUAAGACCUCCUAUUAAAGUGUUCUUUACUAUUAAUUUGCUUAGUGCACGACUGAGUCUGUGGACAUUUUCUCAACUACUACAUACCUUCUACAGUUGUAAAAGCUCCUCCACAGCGUCCCUGUGUAGAGUAGAAGCCUAAGUACGCAAAUGGCUUCAGCUCCUUUUCCAUCGGGAAUUUGCACUUUCACUUAGGAUGGCCUGGUACUCCGUGCAGAGUGAAGUUGGAUGAAAUAACUCUUCUACAACAACAAGAUGGUUCAGUUAUUUGUUACACUUGACAAAUUAUUGAAAAACAUUUCAAAACCUGUUCAUUAACCUAUAUCAGUUAUUCUCUGGACAUAUUUGUGUUGCUCUAAAUUGGACGUAUUAAAUGGUUUACAAGUUAUCCUACUCUACAGGAUGUUGGUAUGUCUGUUAUCUGGACAUGACUUUGCUAUGCAGUUGUGAUAAAAAAAAAAAUUUGCAGUUCCUCAGGUUUAACCUUUAAGUUGUGGAUGAAGACCAUUAAUCAACUACACAUGAUAUACUCAGUGCUACAAGAGUGUUUGAAAUGAGCACACUGCCUCAUUUUCCUUAGAAACAAGACAAAGCCUUUUAAAUGCUGUUUUUAAACUUCAGAAUGAGUGUAAAGUCCAGUAACUUGUGUGUUGAAAUGAUUGUAUGUUCUGUAUAAAAUGUUCUACUUCGAGUUUUUACAAAAGCACCUGUAUUAUCCCUCUAAAAAUUAAACUUUUUCUUU